AUGUCUCAACAAGUGACCUUUGAGCCUAGUGGGCACAGCCUUUCACAGCAUCUAGGACUCAACAUUCACGACCGAAUGGAUGAAGACUGUGAGAUGUUCGGUAAGGCCUUUCACUCUUUGUGCAUAAAUGCACCAUCCUCACUGUCUGUUUCAGACGCAGAUGCUCUCUCUGUUGAAGCAGACGAUUUUUAUUCACGAGCAGAGUCUUCACGAGCAGAAUCAUCGUUUGAAGACUCUGACAGCGAAACUGUUAUUGAAAUUGAGAUCACCGACGGCAGCGAGUUUGACGAAGACGAAUACAUCCAGUUUUUGCUUGAAAUGGGUCACAGUGAUGCGAUACGAGUUACUGAAGAUGAAUUCUGCCUGGCCGAAUCUGAUGAGGAUUCCCUUGACGAAGAAGAGCCUGACGACGAGGACCUCGAGUAUGCACUUGAGGAAAAUGAAUGCACAGUUGGCAGUGGCGAGACUGAGAUUGUGUUCAAAAUUGAAACAUCACUUUCACAGGAUGAAGACCACGUUGAAUUUGAUUGGCUUGAAACAGUAAACGCCCGCUGCACUGUCGACGGUAAAGAUAUUGGACGCGCGUUGGGGAGGUUCAUUGACCGCGAGGCGAUCCGCAAGACCUUUUGGGAAAAUAUGGACAUGGGAAGCGACGGCACUGCUGAGUUGGCCUUUGGCGUUUUCGACAGAUGGGGAUAUUUGCAACCUUUGUACAAAACUCAUCCAGUCCAGCGAGGAACUGGGGUUUGGGACGAUCUCGAUCACGGGAUGCUUUUUCUGAUUGAGGAUGCUCGUGUCGACAGCAGUUAUCGGCGAAAGGGUCUUGGGCGAGCCAUGAUUUCUGCACUUCUCGAAAAAGCGAAAAAGCAUGCCACAUACUCGGGGCAAGGUCCAGACGAUUUCAUGGAGCAGAUUCAUGGGUCUGAAGAGUCGCAAAAGCUGUCCAAGUUGCAUGCAGUUGUAAUUCCUCACGCAACAGAGAGAGAGGCCAGGUUGCAGUUCCAAGAAGAAACGACUUUGGCUGAAGAGCAAGAGCGAGAACUCGACGAGCAGGCUUUGGGGUCUGUCACCUCAUUUUGGAGAGCGGUUGGUUUCCGACGUGUUGGCGCGUCCAAGUGUCUCGCAUUUUCCUUUGACCCAGAACACCCCAGUCACAAGAUUUCAGCCAGUGAGGAUUUUGAUGUUUUGGCUCAGCUGGUAGAUGAUGAGACAAAGGAUGCGGGUGAAGAUGAGAUGCAGUUUUCAGAGGGGGACACUAGUGCAAGAAAGAAACUACCUCUUCACUGUGCAGUUGUGGCACUAGAUGAUGCUGAAUGUGUCAAGUUUUUUGAACGAGUUAAACAAAGCCACCACUCAGACGAGUUGGAAGAGGAGGACAGCUUUGGCAACAACCCGCUUCAUGUUGCUGCAUGCAAGAUCAAACCGUUGAGCACAAAGUGGAUUUUGGACAAUAUUACAGAAGGCCAACAGUGGAAACAGGGUCGUAACCUGGGCGGAUUCACCCCCUUUGAAGCACUCCGCGAGCUGCUGGAAGUUGCGCGCACUCGACUGGUAGAGGGAUCGUCGGUUCUUAAUGUGUCGGAUGAGUUUGAGGGCUUCAGCAACGAAGCAGUCACCUGUCUAUCGCUGGUUGAAGACGACGCUAGCAAGGUUGGGAUGCUGCCGGCUUUUCACAAUUUGCAACUCCGGUACGGGUGUACUUGUGGAAAAUGCCUGGGAGGGUUCGUGUCUCCCCGUAUGAAACUUGUACUUGGUCGUCAGGCGGAGAUGAUGAGCGCUCGGUUGGCUAUGAGUUUGAGAGGGGGCAGCGAAUGGUGCAGAUUACACCAGAGAACCAUAUCCUACUUCGCUCCCAAAGUGCAGGAGGCCCUCGAAGACGACACGGACUUGCGGUGGUUGAUCAAAAGAAUCUUUCUACAGGUGGGCAUCUCCUUACGUGCAGACGUUGUCCCGCGCGAAACGGCGAUCAUGGCUGCGGUUUGCAGUGGUCAGGGCUGGACAGCGCCGAGGAAAAGGGACGUGGCAGACAACAUUGGCUCUGUGUUGGCAGCAGUAUUUUCUGAGGCGCGGUCGAAAGAUGUCAAAGCCGGGGAUGGCACGGUGGAGGAGGUUCUUGGAGUCGAGCUGGCGGAGCUGCCAAGCUGCCGCAACGACCAUGAGUUUUCGUUUGUUGCACGGGCAUGUGGGUUGUAUCGAGUGAUUUCUUGA